GAGGACAACCGCUCUUACAACCCCCUGUUCUCGACCAGCAGGGACUACAGCAGGCGGCGGGAAGUAGUCCCGCGGCAGGACCUGAGGUUGAUCUCGAGGCUGGGGGAGGUGCAGGUUCUACGCUCGGCAAUCAGAUUGCCCCUGCGGCUGCGUCCACCUCAGGAGGAGGCUGGAGGUGGAGCCGGGAAUGCGCUAACCAUGAGGAGCGACCACAUCAUGAAGGUGCAGAUGUGGCAAGUCUGCUUGCUGGUGCUGGUCGUCCAGCGGCGCUGCUAGUUCCAGCCGCGGCGCAGGUUCAAGAGAAUGAGAAUGACGCAAGAGAUCAUGAAAGACGACGCGCUGAAGGAGACGGGGG